AUGUCGUUUCGAGCCUUGACACCAGAUUUAUAUGGCAAAAAAUCCAAGAAUUCAGAUUUACCAGUAUUUAAUAAAUUUACCCCGAAAAAGCAUUCAGAUCGUGUGUUGAUAAAGCGGGUUUUGUAUACCUUGGUAUUGUUAUUGGUAACGUAUACAAUAUAUUCAAAAGUGUUGAUAGGUGAUAGUAGGAUACCGCAAUCACAGAAUCGACAAUCACCGACCAGCGACAACAAUCACGAAGUGUAUAAAGUUACAAAAGAUGGGGUGUAUAAACAAGAAGUUACUGGUGGAGUAGUGGAAGAGGAAGAACUAAAGGAGGUUACCACGGAAGAUCUCUACAAGUCCAAUGUUGAUAUUUUUGAUUUAAAUGAAUAUGAAGGGUCCCAGGAAGGUGCUAAAAAUGGUGAUAUCCUAUUAUUUCUUAUGCCUUUAAGAAAUGCCGAGCACGUAUUGCCAAUGGCAUUCUAUAAUCUUAUGAACCUCACUUACGAUCAUCGUUUGAUUGAUAUUGCAUUUUUGGUUUCCGAUUGUUCACCAGAUGACACCACAUUGGAAACUGUUUUUGAAUAUUCAGUGGCUCUACAAAAUGGAACUUUGGUUGACAAGUUGAAACAUGAAGAAGAGUUGAAGAACUCAGGCAAUGUCAGGGGCACCAGUGAUUUGUAUCAAUCGUAUAUGGAGCCAUCUUAUAUUGAAAGCGUGAGGAAAGCCUAUAGUAAUCCUGAGUCGCAUCAUCCAAACUACAGGACUCCGUUUAGAUCGGUUACUAUUUUCAAAAAAGAUUUUGGCCAGGUUAUUGGCCAAGGGUUCAGUGAUAGACAUGCUGUUAAAGUUCAAGGGAUUCGUAGAAAGCUAAUGGGUAGAGCAAGAAACUGGCUUACUUCUGCUGCCUUAAAACCAUACCAUUCAUGGGUUUAUUGGAGAGAUGCUGAUAUUGAAACGUGUCCUGGUGAUGUUAUUGAGGAGUUGAUGCUGCAUAAUUACGAUGUUAUGGUACCUAAUGUGUGGAGACCUUUACCUACAUUUUUGGGAAAUGAGCAGCCAUACGAUUUGAACUCUUGGGUGGAAUCAGAUGCUGGAUUAGAAUUAGCGAAAACAUUAAAUGAAGACGAUGUCAUUGUUGAAGGGUAUGCUGAGUAUCCUACUUGGAGAGCACAUUUGGCGUACAUACGGGAUGCCAAUGGUGAUCCUCGAGAAGUGAUUGAUUUAGACGGUGUUGGUGGUGUGUCGAUAUUAGCACGAGCAAAGAUUUUUAGACAAGGGGUGCAUUUCCCGGCAUUUACAUUUUUAAACCAUGCUGAAACAGAAGCGUUUGGUAAAAUGGCCAAAAAAAUGGGAUUUCGUGUUGGUGGGUUGCCUCAUUACACUAUAUGGCAUAUCUAUGAACCAAGUGAAGAUGAUUUGAAAGAAAUUGCAAGAUUGGAAAGAAAGAAAAGAAGACAGAAAUCAUAA